UUCCCAUCUUCUCCAAUUUUGCCUCCAUUUUUCGCUGAAUAAGCAGACCACAGGGCACUGAAAAUAUAAGAAAGAAAAUGAAGGGUUUUGAGAAAGGCAUUUCUCCAUCGAAAUCGAAUUCGAACCGUCUUCUGGAUCGGUGGAGAAUAAUGAGAAUGAUUCAAAUGGGGGGAAACUGACUCCGGAAUUCGCAAACAACAAAACUGCAUAUGGCAAACAUUUCAUGUUUGGAGUCACAAGAAAGAAAAUUCUUGCCGAGAUUAAGGGAAUUCCAAAGGCUUCUGUUGCUCAAGCUCACCAAUCUUGGCUCGGAAAAGAGUCCCCGAGUUUUCGAUUCACAGAUCGAUUCAUCUGUGAAGGUUUAUGACCCUUUGACGAACUACCUCUCGUCGCAAGAUAUUCGAGAGAUUGGAGGAGGAGUUGAAUUCCUCUCUUGAUUCUGAGGAGGCUAGUGGUGAUGAGGAGAUUGUAGACUCUUCUCUUUCGCCUCCGAAAGGGAGUGGUGAUGGUUAUGCCAUUGAUUGUUGUGAGGUGAAAGAGGAGGGGGUUGGGGAGAUUGUAGACUCUUCUCGUUCCCCUCUGAAAGAGAGUGAUGUGGAUCAGAGAAAUGGAGGAAUAUCUGAUGAAGAUAAUGGGAGUGUUGUUGAUGGUUAUGAAGGGGAGGAGGAGGAAGAGAUGGAGGAGAGGGGAGGGUGUGUUAGAGGAGUGUUAAAGCUUCUUUUUACAUUGAUUGCUUGUUUGUUGUUAACCUCGUACAUGUUUCCGAUGAACUCACCAACAGAUUCAACAACUUUAAGUGGUGUUGUGAUCAAGAAUGAAACAGUUGAAUUUGUCAGCAUGGGUUUGAGUGGUAAUGGUUUCUUUGAAGUGGGAGAUGGAGGUGGUAGCAAUGUUGAGGAGGCAGGAGUCGAGAUGGGAAGUUAUUGUGAAUCUGAUGAGAGCACUGAGGAUCAGAUUGUUGAGUAUUUGGAGUGGAAUGAUAAUGUGGAAAGUGUGGAUAACAGUAUUGAGGAAGCAAACUAUGGAGAAAACGAUGAGAGCGUCGAGGCAGAAAUUGCUGAAUAUUCAGAGUGGGAUGAGAAGGAGAUGUUUGAAAAUGAGAAUGUGGAUGGUGAAGAUGCACAAUUUGAGGGAGUGAGGGGUGCUCGAUUUGAGUUUAGAGUGGAUGAAUCUGAGCAUUUGUUAGAUGUAAAAAACGAUGAAAACGCAGAAGGUGGCAUCGUGUUGGAUAUGAAAGUAGUGUCUUCUUAUGCUGGUUUGGAUGGGGAUAGUUUGUAUAAGGAUGAAGUUACAGAAACAGAGAAUUUGGUGAGCCCGGAAACUGUUGAAAGCGAAGAUGAUAGCUCCAAUCUGUUGGAACCUAUUUUUGAGGAGACACCAGUGGAGUCCAAAGAUACAGAUGAGACAGGAUCAGUACAAGAACUUGUUGGAUCACAAGAAGAGUUGAGUGGUUCUAUGGAUGAAGCUGAUGAUAUUAUAGAUGAUGAUGAUGGUGAUGGUGAUGAUGAUGAAGUUGGAAUGGAGAAAUAGCAAUGGAACACCGUUAUUGCUGGCGUUUCAGCACUACUAGUCGUAGUUUCAACAUCACUAGCCAUCGUUUAUCAUUCGAGGCAACAAUCAAGAAGAGGCACAUCUUCUAAACAAGCACCAAAGCAAAAACUUGCAGUUAGAGGGAAAUGCAAACCCUGUGCUGCUUCCUUCCAUUGAUAGGAAAGUCGAGUUCUUGCCUAGAGCUUCGCUGCCAUCUCACUCGAUGAGAGAAGCCCCCAGAGAGCUCUCCAGACACAUCCACGCCCCAACAGUUGAGCUGAUUGGUGAAAUCGUUGUUGGACAGCCUAGAAACUCUGAAACAGUCGAGACAAUGCUGCUACAUUGUCUUGGACGCGUGGCUCACACCCUCAAGUGGCUCCUGCGCCGUCUCAGCCAUCUUCAGUCGAGCUUCAUCCAUCUGUCAGUUCCACUUCAAGUGGAAGCUUUACUACUGAAAGAAAGACCUCAAAGAAAGAGGUAUUCAUACUUUCCAUACAAUCUUUGAACCUUUUGUUAUCUACUUUUUGUUAUUUGCUGACUCCAUAUUAUACAUUUAUCAGAGGGGCCAAAUUAGGGAAGCCAUGAUUGUUCCUACUCCGGUUAGACGAUCAAGCAGACUCCGAAAUCGACCAGCAGUUAAU